GGAACUUGCUGAGCCAGGAAGAUGCGUGAGUAUACAGAAAAGAAGGAAACAUGUGGGACCAUCUGUCUCAAGUACCUGCUCUUCAUCUUCAACUUCUUUUUCUGGCUGGCUGGUGGGGCCGUGAUGGCAGUGGGCGCCUGGACCCUAGCUGAGAAGAGUGACUACAUCAGCCUGCUUUCCUCCAGCACAUAUUCUGCAACUGCUUAUAUUCUGGUGGUGGCUGGGGUGGUUGUGAUGGUUACUGGCAUCCUUGGUUGCUGUGCCACUUUCAAAGAGCGUAGGAAUUUGCUAAGAGUGUACUUCAUGUUGUUGCUGUGCAUCUUCCUCCUGGAGAUCAUUGCUGGAAUCCUGGCCUAUAUCUACUACCAACAGCUGAGCAUGGAACUGAAGCAAAAUUUGAAGAACACCAUGACCCAGAAGUACCGGAAGGAGGGAGAAGAGAGUGUCACAAGCGCAGUAGACAAACUGCAGCAGGAGUUCAAGUGCUGUGGGAGCAACAACUACACAGACUGGGCUGACAGCCUGUGGAUCAAAUCUCCAGAGGCCAGUGGACGGAAAGUCCCAGACAGCUGCUGUAAGACAAUAACCGACCUAUGUGGCCGAAGAGACCAUCCUUCCAACAUCUACAAGGAGAGCGGUUGCAUUACCAAGCUGGAAAACUUCAUUCAAGAGCAUCUGAAAAUUAUCGGGGCAGUGGGGAUCAGCAUUGCUUGUGUGCAGAUCUUUGGGAUGAUUUUCACCUGCUGCUUGUACAAGAGUUUAAAGUCAGAACCAUAUUAAUAGCUGUGGGAACUCUGUUGCUCCCCCUCUGCCACUUCCCUUAGUACCUGCAAACCUGACCACUCUCCUCCACCACCACCACCACAGAAGUGUCUGUAACCUGAGGACUGGCUCUGUAAUUAAAUGCCUUUCAAACCACGCAGCGCCUUACCUGCCCCUCUGGGGGAAAGUCACCCUCCUUGUUAUGUAGAAGGCAGCUAGGAGUUCAGCUGGUCCUCUUCAUUGUCAAGAAACAAGAGGUGUGGAUCUUCUGCUACAAGCUUUAGUGAAACAGUGCCUUGAUUAUAACUAUGAAGCAAGAUUUAUCUGGGGCCAUUUCUCUUGAGGUUUUUCCUGAGCCAACAUUAAAGUAUCAGGAUGCUAUA